GAGCGGAACCGGGGCCGUCACUUCCUGGCCCUGCAGCCGGUGGCAGCGAGCCGAGAGCCGGGGCCGGGGGCGGCGGGGCCCGCAGCCUGCCCGGCGCCCGCCAUCAACAUGCCCUUUGAUUUCAGGAGGUUUGACAUCUACAGGAAGGUGCCAAAAGACCUUACACAGCCAACCUACACAGGGGCUAUUAUCUCUGUCUGCUGCUGUCUCUUCAUACUGUUUCUCUUCCUGUCUGAGCUCACUGGAUUCAUAGCCACUGAAAUAGUUAAUGAGCUCUAUGUGGAUGACCCAGACAAAGACAGUGGAGGUAAAAUAGAAGUGAAUCUGAACAUCAGUUUACCAAACCUGCAUUGUGAAUUAGUUGGACUAGACAUCCAAGAUGAAAUGGGAAGGCACGAAGUGGGUCAUAUUGACAACUCAAUGAAGAUACCUCUCCAUAAUGGAGAUGGCUGCAGGUUUGAGGGCCAUUUCAGCAUCAACAAGGUCCCUGGUAACUUUCAUGUAUCAACACACAGUGCCACUGCGCAGCCUCAGAACCCUGACAUGACUCAUGUCAUCCACAAGCUCUCAUUUGGGGACAAGUUACAGGUCCAUAACGUUCAUGGAGCAUUCAAUGCCUUGGAGGGAGCAGACAAACUCAGCUCAAAUCCUCUUGCAUCUCAUGACUACAUACUGAAGAUAGUCCCCACGGUGUACGAAGACAUCAGUGGCAAGCAGCGGUACUCAUACCAAUACACUGUAGCAAAUAAGGAGUACGUAGCCUACAGUCACACCGGCCGCAUCAUCCCAGCCAUUUGGUUUCGUUACGAUUUGAGCCCCAUCACAGUGAAAUACACAGAGAGAAGGCAGCCUUUGUACAGGUUUAUCACAUCGAUAUGUGCCAUCAUUGGAGGAACAUUUACUGUAGCUGGAAUCCUUGACUCCUGCAUUUUCACAGCAUCAGAGGCCUGGAAGAAGAUCCAGCUGGGGAAAAUGCAGUAACAGUGAAACUCUACCCUAGUCUCCAAGGCAGGAGCAAAGAUUGAGAAAUCUACCACUACCUGUUUUUGUCUUUAUUUUCUAUUUGAUUGAAUCAGUAAGUUCUUCUCUAAUCGGGCUGUUCAGUGAAGAUGUCUUCAACAAAUCAAAGAAAUCUCCAGGCAUUUUGGAGCUCUGAAAAAUCAAUGGAAAUCAGGGCAUAGAUUUCAGUUCUCUCCACCCAGAGAGAGAGGUUUAAAUGCCAUAUAUGAAAUCCACUGUCAGAUCUAAGUAAGGAUGGCAGUCUGUUCUCUGAAAGGUUCCUAUGGCAGUACACAAACUUAAUAGAUUGCAAAAAGUUGAGCUGUCUUGUGGCACUCUUUGGAAUUCUGUUGUAUUUGCAUGGUUAGACAAUCGAACUUUUGUAUAAGGUAAAAAUAUACAUUAGGAAGAAAUUCCACCUAUGGUGCCAAAAAGGUGAUGUAUCUGUUGGUGAGGAGUGGAAAGUGUUAGUGUCCCCACAGCAAACUUUAGAGAGGGGCAGAAGUAACAUCAGGAAAUGCUUGUUCUUUUAUUGAAAGCUCUUCUGUUCAGAUGUGACCUUUGUAAUGAAAUGAGCAUACGAGAAGAGAAAGCCUUCCCCCAGCUACCUUUUCCUGGGUAAUGUAUGACCCAGGCAGUGGAGGGCCUUUCUUUUACCCUGGAUGUAAAAGUAAUUUAAUUUCCUCCCAGAAACUGAAUAUCCAGUCUUGUGUUUACAGGUGGCAUGAAGUAAAAACCAAACUGAGCAACACGGUUUUAUGUGGCCUUUGCUUUGAAAGGGAAUAGUUGUCUUUACAGCAUUAGCUUUUAUUCUUUAUUAUGUUUUUUAAAUACGGACCACCCAACAGUCUGGAUUCUGCUUUAUUAUUGUUACUGGGGGUUUUUUGAAAAGGGGUUGUAUAUUCUAUGUGUUCAGAAAAAUGGUGCAGUCUUCUGGGUGGAUGAUGAGCACAAAUACUGUCUUGCUUUGUGUGUGUAUAUUGAAUACACCUGUCAAACACAGGAAAUCUGUCUUUUCAGGAUUGAAGGUGCCUCCCUCUUCCUUUAAAAUUCAGUCAGGCAUCUUUUCUGAGCCCUAGACUGACACUGUUCACCCACAGGUACAGCAGGAGCAGGACAGGCAUUCCUACAAGCUGGUCCCUGCCAGUAGUUGUUUUGUUUUAUUCCUUAAAGUGGCACCUGACCUUCCAUGCCCAUUGAUUCAAGCCUUGUCUUCUGGGAUCUCCAAUAAAUGGAGGCGUGAGGGGAAAACUGCUGCCAGGGGUGGCUUGCAUGGAACAGUAGACAUGAGUUCACUAAAAUUAGACCCAAACCCACCAGUGCAUUUUCCAUAGCCUCCUAAAGAUCCUUGAGUAGUAACUCUCUGCAUGCUUCAUGAAUGAGUUGAGAAAAGACAAAUUUUAAGUGUUCCAGGAUAGAUAAAAAUUGUAAAACAAAAAUCUUUAAAUCAGUGCUGUAAAUUCCGAGACAGGUGCAGGAUUUCUCCUGCUCAGUAUCUGCUGCCCACUGCCCUUUCCUGGAGGCAAAAGAUCCAAACAUUAUGCUGUAAUCUUUGAAUAUUCAGUGUUAAUGCUAGAGUCAAAUGCAUUUCAAAGUAUUCCUAAUAUGUGUCUGUUGAACUUGUCUUGUUGCUUUGGAAGUAGGGAAGGUAGCCAGUUUUAUCCACAUGCCAAAAAGAAGCAGCCAGCCAGCCAGCCUCCCCCUUGCUGUCCUCUGCCCUGUAGCAACUUGGGACAAAUUGGGAUUUUUCCCCUGUUCUUGUUAUGGACUGAUUGCUCUUACUUUAGGUGUAAACUGGAUUGUGUAACUUCCUGUAUCUGUUAAUGUAUGGAUAGAUUUUAUACUUUUUUUUUUUUUUUUCAUUUACAAAAAUCAAAUUGAAACUGAGGUGCUUGUUUUCAUUGUGGUGUUUGUGUCUCUCUGUGACAGAGUGGUACCCACUGGGUGCUGCUGGAUGCUCAGGGGGAGCUGGGAGUUUCCAUCGUGGUCGCUUCUCUUGCUGGCUGAAGGAUUUUCUCUAAUCCACUGUAGCCAGCUGAAGCUUACAGCAAAAGUGUCCUAGUUUUCCCUCUUGAAUUUGGUGAGCCUUUACUCACAGCUUAUCAACCCAGUGGAUUACAAGGAUGUAAUUUUCAGUAUCCUAGCAGUGCAUCCUUCUCUUGAGCCCUGGUGGCACAGGGGAUUGCACUGUUAGUUUUCUGAAAUUUCUCUCCUGGAACAAUUUCACAAACAAUCAAAGCUGGCUGCAUCUUCCCUCUGUCCCCUGACACGUUAUUUCUGCCCUUCUCCCCAUCCUCUGUCUGAAUGCUUCUGAGCAGCCCAGACCAGUUCUCUAAACCAGACCAGUUAAAUUCUUUGGCUGUUUUUGGAAAUAACAGGUGCAUACUUCAGUGUGCCUACUUCCUCUGCCAAAAUGUCUAUUGCAAUAACCUAAUAAAUCACUUUUUUUUUCUUGCUAGAUGUGGAAACCAAAUUGUACUCAAGUUCUGGCAAAACUCCACUGAGGAAACAGUCUGCACCUUAGUUCUCCAAGCCAGGUCUAAGCCUUUUGAGUGCUGGCAAGCCAAGGCUGCCUUCUGGGUCCACUCUAAGUUGUGGAGAGCUUGUCCUUCAGACAUGGCUGGUUUGGGUCAUUUAAUGAUGCUGCAUCAUUUGUUUACAGAAGAAUUGACUCUUCAUCUCUCUAAUGUGAAAGGGUGGGAGUUACUGCCAGAGCAGUCCUGCCCUGUGUCUGCAUGUUGCAUUAGAUUUCACUUUUAUUUUCAAACACUUUCUAGAGACAAAAGGAGCUUAGUUAUGUUGCAGUGCAACAGAUGCAAACAAAAACCAAUCAAUGCAAACAAAAACAAUUCCAAGUCCUAGUGGAAGGAAAAACAUUGAUCAUAAUUGUUCACCUAUAUUCCUACCUUUGCUCUUUCCAGUCAGUAUUUUGACAGAAUUAUUUGUGUUUUUACAGCCUUGUUUUGUUCAAAAUAUUUGAACUUGUACAUAUUCCAGGCUAAAUAAGUCCUUUCACAGCUACAUCCCACCAUAUGGUGAGCUCUUUGAGAUGUAGGAUGCUUUGCAGUGGUGGAGUUAAAAUUUUUAGCUGUACAGAAAGCUGUGCAUAGGUAUAUUCUAGGCAGUGCUGAAAGGUUAAAAGACUAAGACUGUUCUUCUAAGGCUGCUGAAGAUUAUUUUUUAAAGAAUAAAAUGGAAAUGGGGUAAGAAAAAAAAAUUAAGGAUGUGUUUGUGAAUGUUUCAUCUGGUUUAUCAAGCACUUGCAUUUAGCUACUGCUCUGUGAAGAGUGACUUCUGCAGUGUAGGCUGUCAUGUCUGUAGUUAAUUUCUGAAUAUUUCUCAUUUAAAGUUUAUUUGUGUGAUGUACAAAGUGUUUGGGCUGAAAGUGAGUGUGAUGAGUAUCUGCUUUAGCAUAGUCAUUUGAAGUUUCAGGUGAAAUAUGUGACUGGGGUAUUUCUCCAUCAUCCUUGGAAAAAGGGAGAGAGGGACAGGGGAAGGGAGGGACAGGGGAAGGGAGGACAUAGUCCUGUAGUAUGUCCAUAGUCCUGUGUUUAAAGCACAAAUCUUUGCAUUUUUACAGUGGAGAUUAUUAAGGAGUUCUGGCAAUUCUCUUAAUUUGCAACCUUAUGUUAAUUAAAUAUUAACCUUUUUAGUCUAUAAUUAAAAAUAAAACUUUUUGAUUGGC